AUGAAGAGGACCUGCCGGCCUAUUUCCUCAAGCAGUACAGGCAGAACCUCCUGCCCUUGCUCAGGUGAGGGGACUCCUCCACCCACCUCCAUGCCCUCCAUCCUCUUCUCCCGUUUCCUCCAUCCCUCCUUCCCCCACGGUGGCAAACUCCCCGAUCUCCACCACUUCAGCCUCCUCUCCUCCCUCCCUUCCCCACCCUGUUCCUCCCUGUGCCCCCCCUUGCUCUGUCAGAGGGUUCCCUGCUGGGGAUGCCAUGCGGCCAGACGGCAUCUGAGAUGGUGCUGGGUUGCUCUGGCCCGUCAUCCCACUCUGGACACAGUCCAGCACCCUGCCCAGGCACCAGACCCAACGUGUAACCUUGAUGGAAACUUCUGUGGCAGGAAACACAGGCUGACAGAGGAGGGCUCCCUGUCUCCAUUUGUUCGCCUCCAGGAGAAGAGGAAAGAAGCCAAGCAGGUGCAAAAGGCUCUGGAGGAGAAGCGAGAGGCCUUCAAGGAGACGAUGGCCGACAUAGCCCGCCGGUGGAGGGAACUCCAUGCCAAGGAGGACCAGCUGAAAACCUACAUGGAGAAAUCUAUGAGGAGGUUAAAGGAAGAUGAUAAGCUGCGAGUCCAAGCUCUGAAGAAAGCCAUGAGAGAAAGAGAGCAGAAAACACAAAAGGAGAUGGAGCUUGUGAGGGCUAAGAAGAAACUCGAAGCCCUGAAAAAGGAACACCAGAAGCUGAGCAAGGAAGUGCAGAAGUACUCCAUCUUCAAAGAAUACCUGGAGGACGUGGUGAAGAUCUCACCACAGUUUGAGGACAUCCAGGACGUCAUUUCCCGCUACAAGCUGCUGGUGAGGACGCGCAAGGACCUGCAGCAGUCACAAGAGAAGGACAAGGAAAUGAUUAAGCAAACCAAGGUGCUCCUGGACCGGUACGAGGCAGAGAAAGAAGCUGAGACCCUGCAGUACCAAAAUGAGCUGGAGCAGCUCCAACAACGUUUUGCGCAGGCUCAAAGUGAUGUCCGCUCCUGGACUGCUCGCUGGGCCGACAUCCAGAACAGGAAUGUCAAGAAUGGCCUCAUGCUGACGACUAUGAAGAUGGCCAUCCACAACCUCUUCCAGUGCGUGAACACGCAGCUGAAAGCAAAAGUGCAUGUGCCGGAGGAUGACAGCCUCAGACAGCUGGACAUGGUAGAGCCAAGCCAGACCCCCCUCCCUGCCCAGAAAGAGGAGCAGUAAUGACCCUCAGCUGCCCAAAGGGAGGGGAAAGCCCAGAGAAAUCAAGAUUCAGCAGUCUAUCCUAGACCUCAAUGACAUCGUUACGGAGGUGAAACGAAGGACAUGGAGAGCCACCGGCGAGCAGCUAAGCACGAGCAUUAAGGGCAAGAGGAGGACAGAGAGCCCUAGGGAUGUUGUGUUACGUCCGUGAAGGUUCCAAACCUUCCUAGCUCUUUUGUCCUGCCCAGUUGCUGAGUCCCUUUCAUACGAUUAAAAUAACCAAAGAUUUUGAA